AUGGCCUUCAUAGCCCACAUUCCUACCAGCAUUCAUAUCAUCUGCAUCUUCACCAGAAUUACCCCUGAAAUGUGGAACAAAGAAGUGGACUCUGCUAUUGCCCAGCCUGAGAAAAGCUCUUCUCCACAACAGGUCAUAUCUGCAACUCUGAACAGGAAAAUGGAAGAAAGGGCUACCAUUGGUGAGAUUCCAAGUAUGCAACCAACCACACCAGCCUUGAUUACAGAAGUAUCAGGAACGUAUGACAAUAACCACAUCUAUAAUAGAACUUGUGUCAUGGAGAAGACAAUUUUCCAGUGGUUGAGUGGCAUCACUGAUGUGAUUGGACUGGCAGGAAAUGCAGCUGUGAUCUGGCUCCUGGGCUUCCGAAUGCACAGAAAUGCCAUUUCAGUUUACAUUCUAAACCUGGCUGUGGCUGACUUUCUCUACCUCUGCUUUGAUGUUAUUGCUGAUGUGCAAAAAUUCACUACCAAUUUCCUUUACAGCAAUAGCUAUCUCUAUUUUGUCUUCCAAUUUGAAUUGAUGAGUUCUUAUGCAGCAGGCCUGAGCUUCCUCAGUCUUAUUAGCCUGGAGCGCUGCCUGUCUGUCCUAUGUCCCAUAUGGUACCGGUGCCACCGCCCAAGUCAUGCAUCAUCCUACAUGUGUGUGCUUCUCUGGGCACUGUGUCUGACGUUUAUUUUUCUGCAAUCUUAUUACUGUGAAAUCGAAAAGAACUUGUAUCAUCAGAACUGGUGUCUGUCAUUUAGGCUUUCCAUUGCUGGAUACUUGCUAUUUUUAUUAGUUAUUCUUUCAGGGUCCAACCUUGCUCUGAUGGUGAGGAUGUUUUGUGGCUCCCAACGCAGGUCACUGACCAGGUUGUAUAUGACUGUCCUGCUCACAGUGCUGGUCUUCAUCAUCUGUGGCCUGCCCUGUGGAAUCCUCUUCUUCCUAAUAUACAGGCUCACUAUUAAUUUUCAUUACCUCCCAUGCUAUCUUCAUGAGCUUUUAUUUUUCCUCUCUUCUGUUAACAGCUGUGGCAACCCCAUCAUUUACUUCUUUGUUGGCACCUUCAGGCAGCGGCAAUGGCAGACUCUCAAGCAGGUUCUGCAGAGGGCUCUGCAGGACACUCCUGAAGACAGUGAAUUAGCAGGCAGCCUUUCUCCAGACAUUCUGGAGAUGUCAGGAAGCAGAGUGGAGCCAUGCUAA